AGCAUUCUUCCAUCCUCGGGUAACCUCUCAUAGCCUGCAUUUGACUGUGGAAGCCAGUCCAGUAACACCUGACUGCAAACAUAUUGUAAACGGGAGACUUUGAAAGUUAAAGGUUUAUCAACGUGGGACUAUGUCCUGGAUGUAAACUCCAGCUGGGCUACAGUAACGUUAGGUGGCAGUAAUGGACACAUUUACGAGCCGUGAAUAAACACCGAGAAGAAGAGCUGGACCAAAACACGGAAGAACUUUACGCUGGUUAGCUGGCAAGGCUAAUGCGUCCAUUUAAGUAAGAAACCAGGCGGUUUUGGUUGACAGCUGCAGCAGAUAAUUAAUUUGAAGUUGCUUAUAACAGUUGUUUACCUAACAAUGUUUAGCAAGUCGUAUAAGCUGCUCCCUCAGAGAGACUCCACUUGUCCCAGGACUCCUGGCCUGUUUGUGGACACUGACAGCUUCACACAGCGCGGCUUCCACAAAGGCUUCUCAUCUGACAACAUCCCCAAUGUUUCUGAACACGACUAUACUGAUACCUCCCAAGGAUGGCUGUCCUGGAUUUGCAACCUGAUUGUCAUCUUCUUCGUCUACAUCUGCACCUUCAUAACAUUUCCUAUAACAGGAUGGUUUGUACUGAAGACGGUGCCUAACUACGAGAGGAUAGUAACAUUUCGUCUGGGUCGCGUUGGUCCUCCAAAGGGCCCUGGUAUUGUCCUUGUGCUGCCCCUCAUUGACCAGUGGCAGAAAGUAGACCUGCGCACCCGUGCUUUCAACAUCCCUCCCUGCCAGGUGAUUACUCUGGAUGGCGGUGUGUUGUCAGUGGGAGCAGACAUCCAGUUCAGGAUCUGGAACCCCGUCAUGUCAGUACUAUCAGUCCAGGACCUGAACGCCUCAACUCGGAUGACUGCACACAAGGCUUUGACCUACAGCCUGGCCAAGAAGACUGUCAGGGAGAUCCAAACUCAGAGAGUUAAACUUGGAGAAUAUCUCGGGAUGGACAUAAAUGAGAUGACUCAACCCUGGGGGCUGGAGGUGGACAGGGUAGAGCUCACCCUGGGAUCUGUACUUAAAGCACCAGGGGAAGGCCCCACAGCACCCCUCAUCAUGCCACCCUCUGUGCCUGGACUGGAAGGCCUCACUGGCCCCAUUCAGCAGUUGGCCAUGCACUUUCUGGGCCACAGUAGCAUUUCACAGCCUCAACAAGAGGACACCCUAACGUUCACAGAUGAGCUCAGCAGUGCAGCUCAGGCUGUCAAGGCCACACCAGGUUCUGUUGAAGAGCUGCUUGACGCGGUCAAGCUCCUGCUCUCUGAAGCUUUGGUCCAGCAGGUCGGGGCAUGCUUCCAGUUUGACGUCAACUCGGAAGAUGGACAACAUCACAGUUACUAUGUGGAUUUGAGCCAAGGCAGCGGUGCAGCUGGAGCUGGGCCUUUGAGCAGAGAGCCAGAUGUGACACUGAGCAUGAGUGACCGCGACCUUCUGACCAUGUUCCAGGGCGAGCUACAACCAUUCGCUGCUUACACCACUGGCAGACUGAAAAUACAGGGAGACAUUCAGACUGCCAUGAAGCUCGAAGAAAUCAUAACGCUUCUUAAGAAAUAGCAUAUAUAAUAGCAUUUGUAUAUAUAUUUAUUAAAUCUUUAAUUUUUACUGUACAGUGCCUGCUUUUCAUGUAUACGUUGAUUGUGUAUAAACUGAGUGACUGCUA